AUGCUUUACCUCGUGGGACUUGGUCUCGCUGACGAGACUGACAUUACUGUCAAAGGCCUAGAAAUAGUUAAAAAUGCCGAACGAGUCUAUCUCGAGGCAUACACAAGCAUCUUACUCGUCGAUACAUCUAAACUGGAAGAGCUUUAUGGAAGACCAGUGAUAGUAGCGGAUCGCGAGAUGGUCGAGACUAGCAGUGAUGAAAUCCUGCAUAAUGCUGACAAAGUAGAUGUUGCCUUCCUCGUGGUUGGCGAUCCGUUCGGUACGCUGGUUCUUGUCAAUAGCGCUACCACCCAUACCGACCUUGUCCUCCGUGCCCGUGAGCUAGGAAUUGAAAUGAGAAACAUUCCGAACGCCUCUAUAAUGUCCGCCAUCGGCUGCACAGGUCUGCAGCUUUAUAGCUUUGGGCAAACAGUUAGCAUGGUUUUCUUUACCGACACCUGGAAGCCAUCUUCCUAUUACGAUCGAAUCAAGCAGAAUGCCGAACAUGGCCUGCACACCCUUGUUCUCUUGGACAUUAAAGUGAAAGAACAAUCGCUGGAAAACAUGGCCAGAGGGAGAAAAAUAUACGAGCCUCCGAGAUAUAUGACAGUUGCGCAAUGUGCGGCACAAAUGCUUGAGACCGAAGCCGAGAGACAGGAAGGCAUCUGUGGACCAGAGAGCUUAGCCAUAGGUGCUGCUAGGGUUGGUGCGGUAGAUCAACAGCUCGCUGUCGGCACCCUCGAAGAACUGAGCAAGAUUGAUAUGGGGAAACCCCUUCAUUCUUUGGUCCUUCUGGGUAAAAAAACCCACGAGCUAGAGCGGGACUAUGUUCGCCGUUUUGCAGUUAACACUGCCACAUUUGAUGAUAUUUGGAAGAGACAUUACGAAGCUAAACCAUAA